ACUGCUAAUUAUUUUUUACAGCUUGGUCGCAUCCGAAUGUAUAACUUAGGGAAGCAGUUCCGUUCCAUGUACAGUGGGUUUCUGGGAGAUAUCUACCGGCCUGGGGAGUUCCAAGCUUAUAGCACUUCUACGCAGCGCACUCUGGAGAGCGCUGAGCUGUUCCUCGCCGGACUGUUUCCUCCCACAGGAUUCCAGGUCUGGAACAGGAACCUGCUGUGGCAGCCUAUACCUAUCUAUCCUAACCCUCGAGACCGUAAUUCCAUGGUGCGUCCAUGGGGACCAAACAUUUGUCCUAUAUUCCGAGAAGAUCAGAACAAAUCCAUGGCAGAGUUUGAACAGAAGUAUGACUCUGAACUCAACGAGUUCUUUGCACAAGUUCUUCCUUAUUCCGGAUACGAUAUGGAUACAUACAACCAAACCACAAAAACAGUUGCAGGCAUUCCAAGAUAUAUCGCUUUAUACUCUUUUUGGGAAUCAUUCUUACAUCCGCAAGAAGACGGGCUGCCUCUGCCUGAAUGGUCUAAAAAAGUAUACCCGCAGCCGCUGGGGUUUCUAAUGUCCAAACUACUUCAAGCCAUAGCAAUCGGCACUGACCAUCAGACUAGAUUCUUGGAAGGAGAACUCUUCCAAGAAAUAGUAGAGCUGAUGCGGACAAAGGUAAACAACUCUUUGGAGUCAGACAAAAAGAUGGUGUACUACUCUGGCCACGACAAUACUCUACUCGGCCUCCAGGCCAUUCUGGGAUUGAACAAAGAAAUCAUCGGUCCCGUGAAACCUGGGUCAGUCUUAAUCCUGGAGCUCCACCAGGGUCAUGCUGACGAACAAUUUUAUGUUGAGGUGUUAAAUAUAAACGGAGGCUCUCCAGACUUAGAGCCUACACACCUCAACAUCCCCGGCUGUGACUCUCCCUGUGACUUUCAUCUGCUGUUGAACAUCACUGAUAUGAGAAAUUCUACAACAUCACAGAUUUUCAGAAAGAAUGUCAAAUCAACUUGGCAACGUGACGCGUUACAAUAGUUCAUUGUUGAGAUCUGAUAUACAUAUUACUAGGCAAUGGUUUUUCAGUCA